CGGCUGUCAUUGAACAUCCUUGGCUGUCAUUGCGGGUAGUCAUAAGUCAGUAAGUCUGACAACAGUCUAACCAAGAGUUAUUGAAUUGCCCGGGUAGCUGGGUUCAGUUCACUUUCACCUUCUUUCGUGAAAGAAAUUCACACACGAAUCGAUUACGGUGCAAGAUGCCCAAUUGUAAGGGCACGACACAAUGGUCGUGUACCAAAUGUAAUGUAGGUACCGUUGUGUCUAAAUCAGAGAAACAACUGUUUCAAAGAUUUUCAUUCACUGCAGUAAGCCUAAUUCCAUAAUUAGGCUAUUUCUAAUAGCAUAGUACUUAGGCUACAUUAUUAUUAUUAACUGUAAUGCAUACUGAUGUAGAUCUACAUCAGUAAGUUUUUUUUAUAAAAAUAUACUUUUUGGAAAAUAAAUAUUUUUUCUAUAUUUUUCCCUUUAUCUAUGUUUAAUUACCUAACUGUUUCAAUUUAUGGUAUUUAAAAAGGUAAAAUCAUGCAUUUAAGGGUUAAGACUCUUACAUACAAAUAACACAGGUACUUAAAAAUUAAAUUCCAUUUCUUAAAACCCCGUCCGCACGGCAGCCAUUAAAAAGUAAAGUUCAUUGAACCUCGUUAAUUGCGAAGUGCACACAAUGAAUAAAUCGUUAUAGUUUAUUCACUGAGGUAGAUAAAGCUUCCAGUUAAUGAUAUUGAACUUUAAUACGAUAACAAUUAGGUGGAAAUUUCGAAGAGUUACAAUUUUGUGCAUAAUAUUAGCAUCAAUAGCAUUAAAAUUAACACAGUUGGCUUGUUUCGCAAAUCGUCAUGUUCAUUUGGGAUGCACACAUAUACUUUUUAAAUAAGUUUUAAUUAUAAUAAAUGAAUAUGUAGCCUACUACGUAUACAUUAUUUUGUACUAUAAAUGCAAAAUCUGAAUGUUAAAAUCAAACUUAUUUGGUCGGAUAUACAUAAUAGGAUUAUAAGAUUUUAUCCCAUUUCAAAAUAGGACUGUCAUAGUAAAAAAAAAAUCUCCAUGACCCUGUUUUUAUUUUCCCUGAUUUAUAUUACUUUCAGGAGAAUUUUGCCCCCGACAAAUAAUAACAGUUCACUGUUGCAAAUAAGUACAAUUCGUUUCACGUAAAAAAUCACGUGGAACACAUGUGCUUAUUAAUAAACUUAAAACCCGUGAUAUCUAUUUACAAUACUCUUAAUUGUUUUGAAAUACGCUCUUACAAAGCCUCUUGAAGAUCUUAUAUCUAUUUACAAAGGUAUCAUCGUAUUUGCGCAAAAGAUAAAACUCUUGUACAUAAUCUAGACAUAUUAUCUUUUAUCCCAGUCUUUGGUAUUGAACAAAGAAAUUAGUAACGCUGUAUAUGAAGUGUUAAAAGUAUAAUUAAGGUUUGCUUUUGUGAAAACAUUCAGUUUUUGAUUGUCUUUGUCUUAUUUCUACAAAAACAUUUUACGGUGAAUUGGAAUUUUGCACGCUGGCUGAAUUAUUAAGAACAGAGUCAUUAGUGUCGCGUAUAAAAAAAAAAACAAAUCAUUUUAAUUAAGAACAAAAUAAGUUGGUUUUCUAUCAUUAUUGUAUUGGUUGGUUUCUUGCAAAUUCAAAUUGAACGUUAAUUUCAACUAUAACGUGAUUUAAGUGUAAUGGGAAUAUAUUUUGAUUAUUGUUUGCUUUAUAAUCAAAUUGAUGCUACGUACCUACAUUUUCUUAAGUGCCGUAGCUGUAGCGUGUAAAAUUAAACAUCAUAUAUAAAUGCUAAAUAUGUGUUUCAACAAUGUCUCAGUGCAUGUCUUUUUUCUAGUCUGUCGAACUGUGUUAUGUCAACAAAUAUAUUAAUAAUAAAAGAAAAAAAAUGCGACUUAAUGCAAAUAUUAUAAAAUUAGACGCUAAAACAAAUAAUUAAAGUGUGUCUAGUCUUAAAGAUUAAGUCUAAGAUGCCGAGAUAAAGUUAAUCGCAAAGGUAUUAUUUUAUAAGAACAGCUAAAUAAAUCUAAUGACGUCAAUUAGAAGGCUUUAAAAGUAAGGCCGAGACAAGUAAAUUGCUGACGAUGACUAGCUAAUUAAUACACCACUUAAAAAGAUUAAACAAUCACUUUUCAACUGCUUGCUUCCACGGAGACGACAGCAAUUUAGAAAGAGACUUGUUGACAAAAAAAAACAAGUUACAUCUUUAAAAAGAAACUCGUAAAGAAUUGCACUAAUAAUAAUAAUCUUCGAUUACCAAAGACAACAGAGUUAUUGAGCAAGAGCAAAUUGACAGUAGAUUUAAGGAGAAAAGUGUUGAGAUAAAAACAAAAAUCUGUGAUAAUGUGGUGGAACUUCAGUGGUGAAAAUAUACAAAUACAGUGAUAUAAAUAUGAGGAACAGUGACAAAGGAGCUGAAUGGGAGAAGGAGAAAUUGGACCCUAAUGGAUGGGCCCCGACUGUGUCCAGUCAGCAGCAGCUGAACGUGGUCCGACGGGUGUACCAGCAGGAGACCCUCAACAAAGAUGCUGACUACAGGAUACCUGACAGACCGCUCGGCGAGCGGUGUAAAAAAUUCGUGCGCAACUGUGGUUUCGGCGAUUGCAUCGUCAACUCCGUUCCACUGGUGCGAUGGCUGCCGAAAUACAGUUUCCACAAAUACGCGAUAGGCGACCUGGUAGCUGGGGCUACUACAGCCGUCAUGCAUAUACCACAAGGUAUGGCGUACGCCCUCCUGGCGGAGGUGCCUCCAAUAGUUGGGCUGUACAUGGCAUUCUUCCCGGUGCUGAUCUACGUAAUACUAGGAACAUCCCCUCACGUGUCAAUGGGCACCUUCGCCGUAGCUUGUCUUAUGGCGGGAAAGGUAGUAACACAACACGCAACGCCGGCUUCAGAGUUCAUACAUCCAAAUACUACAAAUCCAUUAUUAGUAGAGGGAUUAGCAGGACCAGUACAAUAUACUCCGUUACAAGUGUUAAGUAUAGUCUGCUUUUGCGUCGGAAUAUUUCAAAUAAUAAUGUGGAUACUGCGACUAGGGGCGGUGUCCACGCUACUCUCGGAGCCGCUAGUAUCAGGGUUCACGACGGCAGCCUCCUUCCACGUGUUAGCGUCCCAGCUGAAGGACCUCUUCGGAGUCAAGCUCAUCAAGUUGUCUGGCAACUAUAAAGUACUUUUUACAUUCAUAGAAGUGUGUAAGAACUUGCCGAAUCUGAACUGGGGUGCGUUUGUAAUAUCCUUCAUUACGUGCCUCAUCAUCGCCCUUAACAACGAAAGGCUUAAGCCAUGGGUAAGCAAGCGGUCCCGCGUGCCCGUGCCCAUAGAGUUACUGGCCAUAGUGAUCGGUACUCUCGCGUCAAGGUAUGGCCAUCUGCGGGAACAGUACGGCAUCAGCCUCGUUGGAGAAAUACCUACUGGCCUACCAGUCCCCCAAGUCCCCCCGAUGGCGUUACUCCCCGAGGUGGCAGUAGACGCGUUCACCAUCACGAUGGUGACGUACACCAUAUCCAUGUCCAUGGCGCUCAUCUUCGCAGCAAAGGACAAGUACGAGAUCGAUGCUAACCAGGAACUAUUGGCGCUGGGCUCAAGUAACGUGUUCGCUUCGUUCUUCUGUUGUGCUCCAUUCUGCGCCAGUUUAUCCAGAUCUUACAUACAGUAUCAGGCAGGCAGUAAAACAGGCAUAACCUCCGUAGUAAGCGCAGUACUGAUCCUAUUCGUCCUCUUGUGGAUCGGCCCAUUCUUUGAGCAACUACCCCGAUGUGUACUCGCGUCCAUCAUCGUCGUGUCGCUUAAAGGCAUGUUUAUGCAGGUCAAGGAGCUGGAUAAGUUCUGGAAGCUGAGUAAACUGGAUGCCAUGGUAUGGCUCGUGACCUUCCUCGUCACUAUCUGCAUCAACAUUGAUAUUGGUUUGGGCGCGGGUCUGCUAGCAAGUAUAGGAGCGUUAUUCAUUCGCUCUCAGAACCCUUACACCUGCCUACUGGGGAAGGUGUUGGACACAGACCUUUAUCUAGACACGAGGAGGUACAGAGCUGCCGAAGAGCUGCCAGGCAUCAAAAUCUUCCACUACUGCGGCGGCCUGAACUUCGCCACUAAGAACCUGUUUAGAGACAAGCUAUUCCGCAAAGUCGGCUACCUGAAGCCGACUGAAGUGGCGCAUGAUGAAGACAACAACCUUACUAAGAGCGAGUCUUACGAGUGGGAUCCUAAUAUUAGUCAUAGGGUACAAUGUGUGAUAAUAGACAUGACGGCGUUGUCAUACGUGGACGGGCCGGGCAUCAAGUGCCUGGUCGCAGUACAGAAGGAGCUCGUCGCCAGCCACAUCACUGUGUUACUAGCGGGAGCUAACGGUCCAGUCCUAGAAAUGAUAGACAGGUACAACUCACUAGAGACAGACAUACUACAAAUGGAAACAUUUCCAACAGUUCACGACGCUGUAGUUUUCUACAAAUACUUAGAAUCUAAGAAACACGUGGUCACGGUGACCACGUGAGACCAAACCAUCCCCUUUGGGGGGUAACAGCCAAAUACCAUGGCCUUAUGUAAGGUCGCGUAGCUCAAUCAAUAUAACGUAAUUUUUUACACUUCUAUUUUUGUACUGCCCUGAAUUUUGAUAACUGAUCCUUUUGUCGUUAACAUUAUUUCGGUACAGUAUGUCCAGUAUAUAACUUAUCUUGUGCUAAUUUCAAUUUUGUAAAACCCCUAACUGUCACUAUUUUCUUUUUUAAUCGAUUAAAAAAAAUAAGAAUGUUCUUAAUUCGACCGUGAAUAUGUUUUUCCCUAAAUAAGUUCAAAAACAAACCGUCAUUUUUAGUCAUUUAUAACUUUUAUUCUGUCAUACUGAGAUGUACUUGACAUACUGUACUGAAUAAAGUUUUAACAUUCAGGCCUAACCCUUACAGCUGUAAGAAUUUCGUUCCUAUAAAAUCGUAAACUGUUUUUAACAGUAUUAAUUUAUUUUUACAAGCUACAUGCAGGGUUAAAAUAAAAUUCCUUUUGUAACAAACUACACUGAACUUGGCUCAGCUGUAUUUUAUUUAAUGUUUCAGUACUUUGAACAAUUAAUUUGACGAUUAAUCGUAUCUUCGUGUAAAUGUUGAUUUGAGUGUCAGCAACGUUCAAUAAUGUCGGCCAAAUAAUAAUAAUUAUAUCCAAUACCCAGCUUACAUUACUUUUCACUAAAUACCCCUAAAUAUGUGUUUAAUUUCUCACUAAAAUGUUUUAAGAAUACAGAUAUAAAAUGAUGUUCAAAAUACGUCAUAACGUUCCUAUUUACUUUAAACUGAAUUUAGUGAAAAGUGGUGCAAGUGUGCCUUAAAAUAAUUAUCGCUAAAUAUAAUCAAAACAACUUUGUCUCUACCAACGUUAAACGAUUGAUAGAAAUAAUUGUUCUUAUUAUGUUUAACGCUAAUUUUAUUUAUGUAAUAAAUAAGCAAUUGAGCCUUAUUAAAAUACUUAUGAUGCGUUCCACCAUUUAAAUAUAAUGAUAACCGAUUUUGAGUUGUGAAAUCACCAAUUGACCAAUGGGCGACAAGUAUACGGCUGGUUAUAGUCUAGUUAUAGUUAUAGUUAAAUGGUGCAACCCACCCUUAAAUGAGUGAAUAAUUUAGUGAAAUAUGAAGUACUUAAAGGUACUUAAUCGCUUUUAACGAUUUUAAGUUAUUAAUUUAAGAAAAGCUUAUGUGGAUCAAUAUUUUGUUGCUAUUGUUUAUCAAGCCUUAUAAUUUUUAUUGUACAAUUUCUAGUGUCAUAAUUUAAUUGUAAUCUUCGAAAUACUUGCGGAAAACUGUACACAUUUGUUGUUAACGAAAUAAAGUAGAAAAAAAAAACUUUUUUUGCAAUUAAAAGGCUAUGUAGAAGACCAGUGUAAAUAAAAUAUAAAAAUAUUAACCAAAUACCUGUAUUUCUGAUAAUGUUGAUAAAUGUGUGCAGUUUUCAGCCAGAAGGUAAAUGUAUUUAUUUCUAAAUCUGUUGUGAUAUUUAGUACCUAAUGUGAUUGUACAGAAUGUACUUAGUAUAAAUAAAAUGUUGAAUAUAUUUUAA